CGGUGCGGCCAGACCGUGCGCAGCGACCUCCACGCAGGUGGUCGCGCCGGUCCCCACCACGAUGUUAGCCAAAGUUCUCCUGAUCCUCCUGGGCACGUCCAUAAUCCUCCCGUCUAGGAGCGAAGGACCUCACGUUGAAUCAGAAAGUGCACCCUCUGCCCGUGAUGAUGUGUAUGGGCCUCAGCCCCAGGCUCCUGAAGAGAAGCUCCUCUCUGAAGAAACAAAGUCCACCAUGAGGCUUGGAAAUCUGCCAGCAGCCACUCACAUCCUGAACAGUAUCCUGAAUAACUAUGACCACAAACUGCGCCCUGGCAUAGGUGAAAGGCCCACUGUGGUCACUGUCGAGCUCUCUGUCAAUACCCUUGGCCCUAUCUCUAUCAUGGACAUGGAAUACACCAUUGACAUCACCUUCUGCCAGACCUGGUAUGAUGAGCGCCUCCGUUACAAUGGCAGCUUUGAGAGCUUUGUUCUGAAUGGAAACAUGGUGAGCCAGCUUUGGAUCCCAGACACGGUCUUUAGGAAUUCUAAGAGGACUCAAGAGCAUGUGAUCACCAUGCCGAACCAGAUGGUUCGCAUCCACAAGGAUGGCAAGGUGUUGUACACAAUUAGGAUGACCAUUGAUGCUGGAUGUUUACUCUACAUGCUCAAAUUUCCAAUGGAUUCUCACUCUUGCCCUCUGUCUUUCUCUAGCUUUUCCUAUCCUGAGAGUGAAAUGAUCUACAAAUGGGAAAAUUUCAAGCUUGAGAUUGAUGAGAGGAAUUCCUGGAAGCUCUUUCAGUUUGAUUUUACAGGAGUGACCAACACUACUGAAACUAUCUCAACCCCAGCUGGUGAUUUCACGGUCAUGACACUUUACUUCAAUGUGAGCAGGCGGUUUGGCUUUGUAGCCUUUCAAAACUACGUCCCUUCUUCUGUGACCACAAUGCUCUCCUGGGUUUCCUUUUGGAUCAAGAGAGACUCUGCUCCAGCCAGAACCUCUUUAGGGAUAACCUCUGUACUCACUAUGACCACCUUGGGCACCUUUUCCCGUAAGAAUUUCCCACGUGUCUCCUAUAUCACAGCCUUGGAUUUCUAUAUUGCCAUCUGUUUCGUCUUCUGCUUCUGUGCUCUGAUGGAGUUUGCUGUGCUCAACUUCCUGACUUACAACCGGACAAAACCCCGUGCUUCUCCAAAACUUCGCCAUCCACAGAUUCGUGCCCGCUCCCGUACCCCUCCCCGUGCCCAUGUCCACCAGCAUCCAGAAGCUUUUGUGUGCCAGAUCGAGGACUCUGAGGAAAGUGAUGAAGAGGAGGGCCCAUCUUGCCCAGCCCAGCAGUCUCUUAGCCUGGAUACCACCCAGAGCCCUGGUGGUUGCUGCAAGUGGUACAAGAAGUAUUUUUGUAUGGUCCCCAGUUGUGAGGGUAGCAUCUGGCAGCAGGGCCGCCUCUUCAUCCAUAUCUACCGCCUGGAUAACUACUCAAGAGUUAUUUUUCCUGUGACCUUCUUCUUCUUCAAUGUGCUCUACUGGCUUGUUUGCCUUAACUUGUAGGUGCCAGCUGGUACCCUGUGAGCAACCUCCUCAGUUCCCCAGGAGGUCCCACACCCCUUGUCAAGGGAGUCAGAGGGAAGCAGCAGCAGCAGCAGCAGGAGCAACAAGAGAGUGUCCUUCCUUCCCCAUUCCCUAAACACAAGCCUGUGGAGAAUUGCUCUUUCCUGGCCCUCCCCCCUACCUGACCCUUUUACUGACCUUCGAUGGCAGCCCACUUUGAGUAAAAUGGCCCACCUCUCUAUUCCUCAAGGAGCGUUAAUUAUGCUCAGGCUUAAAUAUAACAGGCUGUCAAUUACUAGCUCCCUGAGACCAUGCCCGUGUAUGAGUAGGUCAGCCGUCUCCCAGUGCUGAUACCCACUGCCUUUAUCCAGAAACAAUACUGCCUUUGUGGUGCUCCAGGCCCAGCUCUGGCCUCAGCCUCAAAGUGCACAGACAGCUGCUUGCCUAUUCGUGACAUCUCCUUAAAAUGCUGGACAGCAUUUUAAAGGGGGAAGGGGACUCUAGUCCUUAGUUCAGAUUAUUAUAUUCUUGGUUUUGUCUUCCUGCCCUCCCUUUCCCUACAGAUAGACACCAGUAUUAUCCUAUUACGAGGAAGGGAGGCAGCAAUUGAGCCUCUUUGGGAUAGUAUCUCCCUCUGCUGCUGUGCCACCUCCUUCUCCCCGCAUUCCCCACCUCCAUCCCUCAUCUGCACUACAAAUUCAAUGCCUUGCAUCCAUUGGGUAUCUAUUUUUGUGUGUGGUAACGGUAAUGACCCCUUGCUUUAUAUGCCACCUUUUUCCUCUUCCUUGACCCCUGUGAUGUUAUCUGUAACUUCCCCAGUGGCUUUCCCAGCCCCGACCCAAGGUGCUAGGCCAUGGUGACUUCUUGGGGCCAAGACACUAAGAGAACUCUGCUUUGCAGUGGACAUUACUAGCACAGAUUGGUGCCCUCUAAAGGCACAACAUAAGAGUUUUGCCACUUCCUUGGCCCCUGGACCCAUGAGCCAGUCCACUCUUAUCCUGGGGCACUCACAAUCACAAUCAACGAAUUGAAUUCCCUUAAAUUUGUAUAGCACUUUACCUUUUGCAACGCACUUUUGACAAAUUAUUUCUAUUUUGAGCCUCAUCAUAGCCCUGCGAUAUAUUCAGGGCAGGAUUCUCAUCCCCAUUUUGCAGAUGAGAACCCUGAGGCACAGAUUUCUAUGGGACUGUGGAUCUCACUGGAAACUACUCAGGAGCCCACUGUCACCUUAUAGACCAUAUGACAGGGCUAGGCAGCUCUGUUCAUCAUGGUUUGAUUCUAUAGCCUCUGCCAACACCCCAGUGGCAAGGCCCAGAAUGGCAGCCUCUUUUCAGCAUUGGCCUGCUCGAUUCCUGGGCCCCCAAGACCGAACCUCUCCUGGCUCUGGUAACCCAGUGAGGUGAAUUUGGACACGCCCCAAUGCUUGUAUAUGCUGAAUGAAAUCUGUGUCUGUAUUUUGCUGGGGGGUGGGUAGGGUAGGGAGAUACAUCUGCUUUUUGUCA